UAUAUCGGGUGUACCACCUCCCACUUUCGUACGGUAGCUGGCACAUAAUAGUGCACUCGUAAGUACACGUCUUCUUAACUAGAGUUUUCAAGAGCCACUUUCAUUCGGCUAUAUAUCACCGUAUUUCUCCCGCCAUUUCGACUCGUCACGCUUGACAGAAGGAGAUGAAACGAUUGUCCACGGAACAUAACCAAAUUGGAUGAGAUACGUCUGGGCAUUUAAAUAAUUGACAUAUUUUAACAAUUAUGAAUAUAAUAGUUGAUACGAAAGGCGACGCAGAUUUGAGGACUAGGGAACACUUGAUAGAAAGCGAUGAUGAUUUAGAGUUCGAAGAUACUGGAUCCAAACCAUCGAAAUUCUUUUCCAUCGAGGAAGAUUUAAUUCAAGAGGAUGUUACGCCGAAGAAAGUUCAUCGUGUCGGAAACAAGGAUAUUGAUCUCGAAGAGUUCGAAAAUGAGAUGGGUUGGACGGACCAAAACCCACAGAAAUACUGUCAUAGAAAAAAAGUAAAUAUCAUUUCUUUGAUGAGAGACAAAACAGUGGUAGAACAAGUUCUUAAAAACAGUGUAAUAAAGCCUGGUUUUGAACAAUUGAAUGCUAUACCUACUUCUGUAAUGGGUAAAAGAAAACUGAAGGCUAAGAAACGUAAGGAACGUGAAAGGACAGCAGGCAACAGUUGGUUUAAUAUGCGUCCUCCUCAAAUGACACCAGAGAUUAAACAUGAUCUUCAAGUUCUUCAAAUGAGAUCUGCAUUAGAUCCAAAACAUUUCUAUAAGAAGAAUGAUCUGAAAGUCAUACCCAAGUACUUUCAUAUUGGUAAGGUUAUUGAUUCACCUGUGAACUAUUAUUCAGACCGUCUCACAAAGAAGGAACGCAAGAGUACAAUUGUGGAUGAACUUAUGCAUGAUGCCGAAUUUUCUAAAUACAAUAAACGGAAAUAUAAAGAAAUCAUUGAUGAGAAGAAGAAACUGCAUUAUAAAGCUCACAAACAUGCAAAAAGGCUGAAAGGAAAGAAAAAAUGACAUGUUCAAUAUGCAAAUUUAUGUUUAUAUAUCAUGUAACCAUG